UACUUACACAAAGAGAACAGGUUGCACAGACCAGCCCAGUUUGUGUGAAAUUAGACUAAACAUUUCCUUCUGCAACAGUUGAUUCAGAGACUUCUCUCUCACACACACACACACACACACACACACACAAGUUCACCCACUCAUACUUUCCUUCCUGUCUCAGUGGUUAUUUUCCGACUGCUGUGUAUUUUUUAAGUUGGAGAUUUUUCACUUAUCCAUGGGAGAAGCAACAGCAGGGAACUGAAAGAGAGAACAACAGAAACCAAAAGAAAAAAAAACGAAGAGAAACUGCAGAGAAGACUUCUUGCUCCAGGGAAGAGCUCAGUUCAGAAAAGCUCCCCGAACUUGGCUCAAGAAGUCCAAGCAGACCACCACACGAGGGGAAAAGGCAGACAAGACACACAGGGGUCAAAGAAUGACCCUGUUUGGAUGGUUGUCCUCCUCCGUUUGAUCGCCAGGGGUGUCAGGACUUUUACUCUACUUCACAGUUCUUAUUGGAUGUAUCAGAAUGACAGCAGAGGACUCCACUUGUGCCGUCGCCAUGAGUAACGCAAGCUCCUCCAGUGCCAAAUCUCUGGGCGGAGUUCCCGAGGGGGUGGCAGGGGCCCCCAAUGAAGCCGCUCUACUCUCCCUGAUGGAGCGCUCAGGCUAUGGAAUGGUCCAGGAGAAUGGACAACGCAAAUAUGGCCCACCCCCCGGUUGGGAGGGUCCCGCUCCGCUACGGGGCUGUGAAAUUUUUGUGGGCAAAAUCCCUCGAGACGUGUACGAAGACGAGCUGGUGCCUGUGUUUGAGUCGGUGGGCCGAAUUUACGAGAUGCGGUUGAUGAUGGACUUUGAUGGGAAAAAUCGAGGCUAUGCAUUCGUGAUGUAUACCCAGAAGCACGAGGCCAAGCGUGCAGUCCGAGAGCUCAACAACUACGAGGUGCGUCCAGGCCGGCUGCUGGGCGUCUGUGGUAGUGUGGACAACUGUCGCCUCUUCAUCGGGGGCAUCCCAAAAACCAAGAAACGCGAAGAAAUUAUGGAGGAAGUUUCCAAGGUGACAGAGGGUGUGUUGGAUGUCAUCGUGUAUGCCAGUGCUGCUGACAAGCUGAAGAACCGUGGCUUUGCUUUUGUGGAGUACGAGUCACACCGCGCAGCUGCCAUGGCUCGCAGAAAGCUCAUGCCUGGACGUAUACAGCUGUGGGGUCAUCAGAUUGCCGUGGACUGGGCAGAGCCUGAGAUUGACGUGGACGAAGACAUCAUGGAAACUGUGAAAAUCCUGUACGUCCGUAACCUGAUGAUGGAGACCUCAGAGGAGACCCUGCGCCGCAUCUUUGGCCAGUUCAACCCCGGCUGUGUGGAGCGCGUCAAGAAGAUCCGAGAUUACGCUUUUGUGCACUUUGCCAGCAGAGAUGAUGCGGUUGUCGCCAUGGACAACCUCAAUGCCACAGAGAUUGAAGGGUCUUAUAUUGAGGUGACCCUGGCCAAGCCAGUGGAUAAAGAACAGUAUACUCGCUACCAAAAGGCUACUAAGGGUUCAGGCGGCAGCACGGUACCAAGUGAGAGCAGCCAGCAAGGUUAUGUGUAUCAGUGUGACCCGUACACACUGGCAUACUACGGCUACCCCUACAGCACUCUCAUCGGGCCCAACCGAGAAUACUUCAACAAAGCAGCUUCAACAGUGAGGGGCCGUGGUAGAGCAGGUGUGGGCACCCGUAACCCCGGCCCACGAGGGUCCUACCUGGGUGGGUACUCAGCAGGGCGUGGCAUCUACAGCCGCUACCAUGAAGGCAAGAAUCGGCAGCCAGACAAACCCUACGAACUCACCCCAGGCCUUGAGCUCACAACUGUUAAUACUGUUGGCAUGAAACCUGCCACAGCGGUGGCUCUGCCGGCUUUGGGAGGGCAGUAUCCCGUCUUCUCUACCGCUGGCGCUCCGAAGCUGAUGGAUGAUGGCAAGGUGCACGGAGUGGAGCAUCUCCUCAACCCCCUCACCUUGCAGCAUGAUCCUUCUGCUACGACUGCUGUCCUUCCUUCCGUCUCAACACCACCUCCCUUUCAGGGUAGGCCUAUCACUCCAGUGUAUGCCAUGGCCCACAACAUGCAGCGCAUCCCCACCGCUGGCCUAUACAGUGCAGCAGGCUACGUUCCACUUACUGCUCAUACUGCUAACACAGCUGCUCUGGCAGCUCUGCAGAAGAAUGCUGCUGUGGCCGCAGCCUACGGAGGCUACGGCUACGUCCCUCAGGCGUUUCCUGCAGCCACUUUUCAGGUGCCCCUCCACGACGUGUACCAGACCUACUGAAACACAGCACACAACCACAACAUAAGUAAUAGGCUACCGGUACUUUCUUGGAGUGCUUAAAAAGUAACUGAAAGUAAUGAAUGAAGAAAUAGCUCAUGAAUAAACAAAAGUGCCAGA